UAUUGAAUGGUAUCCAAUAACCCUUUUCGUCAAACCAAUCUCGAGCUAUUAAAAGAAGCCUUUCCCUCUUUUGAUCUCUCUGUGAUUGAGGACUUACUUAUAACUGCUCAAGACGAUGUGAAUCAAGUGUUUGAGUUACUUCUCGUUAUGAACAAUGAAAACCAAGAGAGUGCUUCCAAACCACCUCUUCCUGCAAGAAAUAACAAUGAUAAUUUGAAUCCAUUCCAUACAGACUCAAAUAGGGAAAUAAACCCUUUUCUUCAACAUGAUGCCAAGCCUUUGACAGUGAGACAAGAAUUAGCCCAAUGGCGCCAAGAUCUCCGAGAGCAAAGCCUUCAAAGAUCAAGAAACUCUCAACAUAAUAGUAGAUUAUCCACUCCAAGUUUAGGCUUAUUUAAAUCAACGCUUUCUCGACAUUCAGACCAUAACGUACAAGGACAAAGAAGAGAUACUCAAGAAACAAGAUCCAGUUUACAUCAUUCUGUCAGUACACCCAAUGUCAACUAUUCCUCGCGAAUAAUUCAUCGUACCUAUCAUUCAAAUCACAAUAGACAAAGCAACAAUACAUUGAGCCCUCCAGAGCUACCGACAAGAAGACCAAGUACUGACAACAAUACUCCAAACAGCAGAACUGCCUCACUGCCUAUAGGUUCAAAUCGCAAUAGACCUACUCCACCCAUUCCCCAACAAUCUAACUAUUCAAAUCAAGCAGAUGAUGUGUCGUCUUUCAAUCCAUUUGAAGAAUCUGAAUUGCCUCCACCGGCAUAUAAUGAAAUACAGAGAGAUACAGUGAUAAAUCUUGCACCAUAAAUCAUCUCAAUAUGAACAAAAAGCCUGAUUUUGGUUUUUUUUCUUAAAGUUAGAAUGAUAUUUAUUAAGAUGGUAUGUGGAUGUACUGAUCAAAGCUUAUUUAAGUAGAGGGGGUUGUUUAAAUGCUUGCUGAAUGUGCGGCCAUAAGUUAUGAACUCAUAAGUAGUGGUAUUGAUAUACCUAAAAAAAGAGUUAAAUUGGAAUCAAUUGGUUUCUGAAUUAAAUUCAAUCUCAACCAAUAGUAAAAAGGUCAAUGCGUUUUUAUUCACAAUAUAAAUUAAUAAUUGAACACAAUCGUAUUCCAUGAAUUUGUCUUGGUAGAACAAGAAUAAACCAACAAGAGAAGAAAUAAAUAACGUAGUUUUUUUUUUGUGUGGACAUACCAUUCUUUUAGGUGGAAAGAUAGAGUAAUCAAGGUACUCUGCCUCUGUUACUUUAUAAACUAGCAGACAAAAGUUAUCCAUAGCAAUAUCAAUCAAUAAACAGCUUUUAU